AUGGGCAGAAAUAGUAAUAAGCGAGCGCCCACAACAGCCACCCAGAGGCUCAAACAGGACUACCUGCGCAUUAAAAAAAGACCCAGUGCUUUAUAUACCUGUGAAAAGUUAAAGUGCAGCUUAUAUUUGCGACCUUACAAUAUGCAGCCAGGAGCGCGGGGCAAACAGCGUGAAGGUGACUAUUAUCACAGGAAAUUAAUCAUCACAGGAAAUGAAUCUUCCCCAGAGAAUUUCAAACCUCCUAGUAUUUAUAUGAUAACACCGAACGGAAGAUUUAAAUGCAAUACAAGGAUAUGUCUUUAAAUCACCGACUUCCACCCGGACACGAGGGACCCAGCGUGGUCAGUCUCAAGCAUCUUAACAGGCCUUCUUAGUUUUAUGGUUGAAAAUGGUCCCACUCUGGGCAGUAUAGAAAUGUCAGAGUACAAAAGGCAGCUUGCAUUGCAGAACGUCAAAGGCAAAGUCUCCCGUGAAUCCUUCCCUGAUGUGGUGGAGGAGAUCAAGCAGAAACCGAAGGCACAAGAUCUCCACAACCGGCCCCCGACCCUCCCCGGCGGGGAAACCCACCACCUCCAGAACAGGCUGCCCCUCCUCAAUGGGCACAUCCCCUUGGCUGCUGCCAACAACCCCAGCCUCCAGCAGGCCAGUCGGAACCCUGGACUCCUGGGCGGCGCUUGGGCAAACUUGUUUGUUACAGUUGGCUUUGGGGCCGCAUGGGAAAGGAUGCUCAGAGGAGCAGAGCGCAGGUCCAAGACCAAAACUAGUGGUAAUCUAAAAUUAGAUCAACUGGGAUCACAUCAAAAGAGGGAUGACUUUGUUGAAAGUAAAUGUAAUUCUGUCACCAAUUCCAAAUUAAAAUAG